AUGUGGAACCGUCGCAACUCAUUGAAAUUUGGCUACCCAACAGUAGCUGUGGACUGUAUCAGCUCCAAGGCAAGUGCCAUGCUUCAAGAAUUUCUAUCGGUGCAAGCCUCCCCUGUUACGGCUCCCACAACUGCUGCUCUUCACCAAUGGAGACCUCUAGAGUAUCCAUUUUUCAUGGCAAACUUCGAUGCUACGGUAUUCAAGACCAGCUCCUUCAUUGGUAUCGGUGUGAUCAUUCGAGACGGCAUGGGAGAAGCAAUUGGAGCUCUAACAAUGCCAAUCCCUUUAGCCAACUCAGUAGCAACCAUGGAAGCUUUGGCUUGUUGUAGGGCGGUGCUGUUCGCCAAGGAAAUAGGACUCUCAGACAUGAUCUUUGAAGGUGAUUCUGCAGAAGUGAUCCAAGCAAUCACCCAAGAGAAUUCGGACCACCUGGACUUUGGUCACAUUAUUGAUGAUAUUAGGAUUUUAGCUUCAGACUUAAACUCAUUUCAGUUUUGUCAUGUGAAACGUAACUGUAACGUAGUUGCUAAUGCUCUCGCUAAAAGAGCAAAAAAUUCGUCGAGCUUAGAUGUUUGGCUUGAAGAUGUAUCGGAUGAUAUUGUUCACCUUCUUUCUUUUGAUAUUCCUUAA